AUGGCUGUCCAUCACCCAGGAUACGAAGCCCCGCCCAUGAGGCAGGGGCUCGAGGUGCAAGGCAGUCCGGCAAGAAGUGUGGUGCCCCAGGUUGCUGCCAGUUCUUUUUGGAUCACCGAGCACGGUGAAGUUGCCAGGUAUGGCUGUCCAUCAGCCAAGAGACGAAGCCCCACUCAUGAGGCAGGUGCUCGACGUGCAAGGCAGUCCGGCAAGACGUGUGGUGCCCCAGGUUGCUGCCAGUUCUUUUUGGAUCACCGAGCCCGCCAGAUUGAGUUGCCCAGGAUGGAAGACCAUUGUCAGCAGGGAACCCAUCACAUAUUCCAUGAAUCCCAGCCUGGUGAGACAAGUAGCAUGAGCCCCCUGGGGCCAUUUGGCAUGCAGCCCUUGGGCGUACAGAUGGAAUACCCAUGGAGCCAUGUUGAGUGGCCCGAGAUGGAAGACUGUUGGCAACAGGUUACCUGUUCUGUAUUCCAUGACACCCAGCCCCUCGAGAUGAGUCUCACGAAUCCCCAGAGGGAACUGGACAAGUGGCCCUUGAAUGUACAGAUGGAACAACCAUGGUGCCAGUGGCCUUGA